AUGACACAGAUUGAGUCUACCCACGAAAACCCAAACUCACUCUCAGUUAAUGAGGAGGGAGCACCCAAUUUGCCUGAAAGAGCAAAGCGUUCAGAACAUCAUCAGAGAGAAACUCAUGGACUGAGUUGUGGUAUGGAUGAGAAGACUUCAGUGGAUGAUGUUAGGGCUCCAAAUAUGUUUGAGAGAGCAAGGGAGGAGUUUCAGGCCCUUGCUGAGGUGUUCCAUCACAAGAAAAAGGUUCAUACUUCUGAUAUAAGAGAUGAAAAUCAAAUGGCUGUGUCAUCAAAACAAAACCAAGAAGCCCCAAGCUCUCCAUCAGAAACAAAAGCAAAGGCACCAAGCAUAUUUGUGAAAGCUAAGGAAGAGAUUAAAGCCAUCAUACACCAUGACAAGUCACAACACCACCAUCAUAAAGAAACUCAUGGAAGGAAUGAUGAUAUUAGUGAGAAUACUCCUACCAAUGAAGUUAAGGGUCCUAAUGUCUUUGAAAGAGUAAAAGAAGAGUUCGAAGCUGUUUUCCAAGCUAUACAUCCGAACUAG